AUGGACGCAUCUCAUGUCUUUGCAGCACAAAUCCUCGACACCCUUCCCGAACCAGAAAUCGCAGAGAUUCAACGCCGCCAAGCGCACAUGAGCGCGUCACUACAAAAGGCAAGCUCGUCACUCUCGGCCCUAAACGAGUUCUCGGCCGUCAAGUGGGCAGACCUCCACCCAAAGUUCGAAGCGCAUACAAAACUCAUUAAGGAACUCCAAUCCGACCUCGACUACGUCUUUCGCAAAAUACGAACUAUCAAGGCAAAGUUGAACCUGCCCAACAUGGACGACGAGGAGGAGGACGAGGAGGAUGAGGGUAACGGUGACGAUGGAGGCGCUCAAGUCAAGACAGCAGAAGAACAGGCUAACGCCUCUUUACCUAGCUGA